CCUUAUCGACGCUUUCCGGACGCCCGGAAUGUCAGUUGCUCAGGUGGAAAAUAAACAAAAGCACUCGUGGUUUGCGAAAAUGUGGGAUUCCGCGUGAGGGGAAUCACCACGGGUGCAUAUUUCGACGUGACCCGCUGGGGAGUCACGAUGAGGAGAAUCUCAGAUAGGAACUGCGUGUGUGUCUGCCUUCUAAUCGUUGUGAUCUACUGCCUGUGGCCGGACAGGUACGCGACGCACUAUGUCGCGCUGCCGGUGGAGCGCAUGGAGCUGGAGCUGGUGGCCCAGACCACGAGGAAUAUCACGAAGAGGGGCCUGCAGGCGUGUGAGUAUGGAGACAUAAUUGCCGGGAACAAGUACACGCUGACGGAGGAGUACUUGGCCAAGCUGCACCAUCCGGGCAGCAUUCGCCUCGGCGGCGAGUACUUUCCGCCGGAUUGUGCGCCCAAGUACAGCGUGGCCGUGAUUGUGGUGUACCGGGACAGGGAGGUGCAGCUGCGCCAGUUCCUCACGUACAUGCACAACUUCCUGCGCGAGCAGCGGCUCCACUAUCGCAUCUUCAUUGUCGAGCAGUUCGACCGGAAGCCCUUCAAUCGCGCCAAGCUCUUCAACAUCGGUUCCGUGGCCGCCAUGAAGCUGGGCUUUCCCUGUCUCGUUCUGCACGACGUGGACCUGCUGCCGAUGAGCCUGGGCCAGGUGUAUGCGUGCACGCAUCAGCCGCGCCACAUGUGCGCCAGCCUGGACCAAUUCCGCUACAAUCUGCCCUAUCUGGGCCUCUUCGGCGGUGCCGUGGCAAUCCGGGCGAAGCCCUUCGUGGACGUGAAUGGCAUGUCGAACAUGUUCAACGGCUGGGGUGGCGAGGAUGACGACUUCUUCAGGCGUCUGCAGGCGAAGGACAUCGACAUCUGCCGCUUCCAUCCCGCCUACAGUCGCUACACGAUGCUGAAGCAUGCCAAAGAGAGGCCCAACGAGGACAGGCUCGCCUUCCUGCGCACAGGACACCUGCGCUACGACACGGACGGCCUCAACUCCCUGAUCUACGAGCAGAAGGCUUACAUCCUGCACGAUCUCUUCACGCACCUCCUCGUCAACACGUAGCCGAAUUCUGGGAACUCGUCCAGGACGAGGAAGGCGCGCACGUAUUUAUUAUCGCACUAUUUAUUGUGACUUUGUUUGCUCCGGCGCGCUUUGCAGGAUGUCGCAAAGGUCAGUGAUAUUAGUUUACGUUCAGUGGAAACGCCGAAGAUCUGAAUUUGACCAGGAGGAAUCUCAAAGAAAAUUAUGACUUGAUUGAACUACAAAAAAGAAUUGAUAGGAAACCAAAAAGAUUAUGUGAAAUGAGAAAAUAUUGAAUUUAGAAGCGUCCUCGCAAUGUAGGAAAAAACUUUAGGAAAACCCUAGAAAAGAAUUGAAUCUCAAAUUUACUAGAAGAUAUUUUGCUUUAUCGUAGGAUAUUAUUUUUUUUGGAAAACCAAACUUAUAGCAUUAGUGGUUUCGAUGACCUGGAAGAGCGGGAAAUUCUUAUUAAGCUCCUUUUGAUCGAUUUAUCGAUGCGAAUGGCGAUAAGAAAGUCUCCUGUUGUAUUUCGGCAUCCCUGCAAAUCGUGCUCGACGGUGAUUUUAGCCAUGCCGAUUAGAUAUUUUUGUGUGAAGUGUAGAUGUUUUAUUGUUUUAUAGAGAUUUUUUAGUUUAGGAAAAUUCAAAGGAGUCUCAAUGGAUCUUUUCACGGCAAUCUCAGAAUGAUAUUAGAAAAAAGAGGAGAAGAAAGAAAGAUAAAACACUUAAUAGUUUCUCGUACAAUUAAUGUUCUUCGUCGAGUGACUUUCAUUGUAAGAUUUUGUGUUCACAUUUUGGUGUCGCAGAACAUGAGGAAAAUGAAUAAAGCGAGAGA